GUGCGGUGCGCUGCACAGCCCCGGCCCCGGGCCAGGCAGGCCUCGAAGACCAGACAAAGCGGCCUCCCGCCGGGCCUGUCUUUUUCCGCGAGCUGCCGCCCAGCCCCGCCGCCGACAUGGUCUGCGGGGGCUUCGCGUGUUCCAAGAACUGCCUGUGCGCCCUCAACCUGCUGUACACCCUGGUGAGCCUGUUGCUGAUCGGAAUUGCUGCUUGGGGCAUCGGCUUUGGGCUGAUCUCCAGCCUGCGAGUGGUGGGCGUGGUCAUCGCUGUGGGCAUCUUCUUGUUUCUCAUUGCACUGGUGGGGCUCAUUGGAGCCGUCAAACACCACCAAGUGUUGCUGUUUUUUUACAUGAUCAUCCUCCUCCUUGUAUUUAUUGUUCAGUUCUCUGUUUCCUGUGCUUGUUUAGCUCUGAAUCAGGAGCAGCAGGGUCAGCUUUUGGAGGUGGGCUGGAACAACACAGCAAGUGCUCGAAAUGACAUCCAGAGAAAUCUAAACUGCUGUGGCUUCCGAAGUUUUAAUCCAAAUGACACCUGUCUGGCUAGCUGCGUUAAAAGUGGCCACCCGUGCUCGCCGUGUGCUCCGAUCAUUGGAGAGUACGCUGGAGAGGUUCUGAGGUUUGUGGGUGGUAUUGGCCUCUUCUUCAGCUUUACAGAGAUCCUGGGUGUUUGGCUGACCUACAGAUACAGAAACCAGAAAGAUCCCCGAGCUAACCCCAGUGCUUUCCUUUGAUGAGAAUGCAAAGAAGAGCUUUCAUAUGAUCUUGUUCACUUUCUCUAAUUUUAAGUUAAGCUAACUAGCUCACUUAACAAGGAAAACUAUCUGAAAAAUCACGCUAUCAACAGUGGAAUUAUGUAUUUUUAUUCUUAUGUUUCUCUAAAUAAGUUUUUCUGUUUCUAUUGCUAAAAAAAAUAUAUACAAAUAAUUAAGGAAACUCGUGGUACCUGUGAUCUACUGUACUCAGUGUCCGGCACUGUCAACUGUGGCCUUUCUUAGCAUUUUUACCUGCAGACAAACUUUGUAUGGCACUACUGUGUUGAUCACAUUGUGAACUUAAAUAUCUGUCUCACUGGACUGUCUGUAUGUAAUACUGUGCUGUGCAGAUAUAUCCCACUGGAUGGAAAGAGUUAAUGUUUGUGAAGGCAGGCAAGUAAGAGCAUUCUGUGAAGCUCAGUAAGGGAAAUCCAAAUUCCCAAUAUUUUUUGUUUUUUUAAGGAAAGAUGUAUUGUGGUAAAAAAGUGUUAAUAUAAAAGUGAUGAUUUAGUUUUAGUAGUAUUUCAUGAUUACAUCAAUGUAUGGUAGAAAUAGCUAUGUCUUUAGGAAAAUUGUGGUUUAGUUUUGACUUUUAUAGUCAAGUACAAAGGAAAUAUGGCCUCAGAUGUUAUCAUGCCUAACAUUUAUCUUCGGCCUUCAAAAUGCAAUGAGUUUGGGUAAUUUGGAAUGUACCUUGACCUAAUCUUGAUAUUCUUUUUUUUUUUUUUUUUAAUGAUUUGAAGUCCAGAACUACAUUUUAAAAUAGAUUACAGUAAAUAAAUUGGCCCAUGUAGCAAAAAGGUAUCUGAUUAUCUUAAAGGUAACUUUUUUCAUGAAAUUUCACAGUAUUGUAACAGCAAGUCAUCAAAUUCCAACAUAUUUGAUUGUCACAUUUCCCAUAAUUGGAAAGUGAAAUAAUAUUGUGGUUCUGUAUAUUAUGUUAAAAAAAUUAAAAGUUGGAAAACUU